AUGGUGCUCGACUUGGACCUGUUUCGGACCGACAAAGGCGGCGAUCCAGAAAUCGUCCGUGAGACCCAAAGGAAGAGGUUUAAAGAUGUCACACUUGUCGACAAACUGGUCGCCGCAGACACAGAGUGGAGAAAAUGCCGCUUUACUGCAGACAACCUCAACAAAGCCAAGAACCUCUGCAGCAAGAGCAUCGGGGAGAAAAUGAAGAAGAAGGAACCAGUCGGGGAGGACGAGUCUGUACCCGAAGAAGCACAGAACCUGGAGUCCCUAACAGCUGAAACACUAUCGGCCUUGACAGUUACCCAGAUCAAGAAGGUGCGUUUGUUGGUGGACGAGGCCGUGGAGAAAAGUGACAGCGAGAGGAUAAAGCUGGAGGCCGAGCGCUUCGAGUACCUGAGGGAGAUUGGCAACCUUCUGCACCCGUCUGUACCCAUCAGCAAUGAUGAGGAUGCAGACAACAAAGUGGAGCGCACCUGGGGCGACUGCACCACCCAGAAGAAGUACUCCCAUGUUGACCUGGUUGUCAUGAUCGAUGGGUUUGAUGGAGAGAGGGGGGCCAUCGUAGCCGGGAGCAGAGGUUACUUUCUGAAGGGGCCACUGGUGUUCCUGGAACAGGCCCUGAUCAAUUACGCUUUAAGGAUUCUCCACAGCAAGAAUUACACCAUGCUCUACACACCCUUCUUCAUGAGGAAAGAGGUCAUGCAGGAAGUCGCCCAGCUCAGCCAGUUUGAUGAAGAGCUGUACAAGGUCAUCGGUAAGAGCAGUGAGAAGUCAGACGACAGCACCAUCGAUGAGAAGUACCUCAUUGCUACCUCGGAGCAGCCCAUUGCAGCCUUCCUGAGAGACGAGUGGCUCAAACCCGAGGACCUGCCCGUCCGCUACGCUGGCUUCUCCACCUGCUUCAGACAGGAAGUGGGCUCCCAUGGCCGAGACACCCGUGGGAUCUUCAGGGUGCACCAGUUUGAGAAGAUCGAGCAGUUUGUGUACGCCUCCCCACAUGACGGCAAGUCUUGGGAGAUGUUUGAUGAGAUGAUUGGAACAGCAGAAGAGUUCUACCAAUCACUAGGAAUUCCUUAUCGCAUCGUCAACAUCGUCUCUGGUGCCCUGAAUCACGCUGCCAGUAAGAAGCUGGAUUUGGAGGCCUGGUUCCCAGGCUCUAGUGCUUUCAGAGAGCUGGUCUCCUGCUCAAACUGCACCGACUACCAGGCCAGGCGCCUCCGCAUCCGCUAUGGACAAACCAAAAAGAUGAUGGACAAGGCAGAGUUCGUGCACAUGUUGAACGCAACCAUGUGCGCCACCACACGUGUGAUGUGCGCCAUCCUGGAGAACUACCAAACUGAAGAAGGCAUCAUUAUUCCAGAAAAGCUCAGGGACUUCAUGCCUCCUGGUUUGACUGAGAUCAUCAAGUUCGUCAAGCCCGCUCCUAUUGAUCAGGAGAUGGCUAAGAAAGCAAAGAAACAGGCAGGAGGGAAGAAGAAGAAGCAAGAAGGAGACCUGCCCAACGCCAUGGAGACCAUGUCUGUCAACGACUCGUAGACCCCAUCAACAGGACCACAGUGUCGCUUCACCAGCCACACAGAUAUAAACUGAUGGAACAGAGCCUCACGUUAAAUGAUCACAGAUCAUUUUUGCUGUUUCUCCCGAAAUAAAAUUGUCGAAAAAAAAAUCAGGAAACAAAUCUCAGAUGGUUUAACUUAAUGCUAUCCGUACCUUAGAACAAAGCUGGCUAUGUCCCAUCAGUGUCUGAAUGGAUGGUGUCAUUCAUCUCAGCUGUUUCUCCAGUCGUUCACUUUAAAGGGAACUUUCUCUGUUUUUUCUCACCAAUCUACAGUCCACUUCAGAGUCCACUGACCACCUGUCUGUCUCUGUCACUUUCUCACAUCUGCAGCAACACUGAGCCUGAAACAAACGGAUAAGAUAUUCCCAAUCAGCAGCAACAUUUCUGUUUAGUUCCUGUGACUCGUGUGUAGUGCAGAUAAACCACUCCUCAUAUACAAAUACACGCUUUGGAGAUCUGUCGUUAUCUUAGAAUUGCGGGAUUUUUGUAUAACUGAUCAGCGACUGUCUGAAAUCUUCAUUCACCGACCAAAAUCUGCAUCUCUUCUGUAAAAUGUGGUUGGUUGCUUCAUGUGUGAAAUGGUUUUCAAGUUGGUCUAACUGCUCUAAUUCAGGAUCUGCGUGAUCUUUGGAAAGUUGAUCAGGUGUUUGUCUGUUUUAGGCUUCCCCUCAUGUCAUCUCUGGCCACAAUCAUCAUCAUCUUCAACUAUAAUGCUGUUCACAAGCUUAUGAUUGAGACAUUGACAUCGUCUUUCUGCGCUUGCUAAUAUAAAUAUAUAUAUAUGAUUGAGGAAUGAUGGAGUGGCACUUACUGUAAACCAAUAUUAAAUAAAGUUGGUAUGGAAGUUC